AUUGCUGGAAGCCGUACUUCUGACUCUGGCUGUGACAAGCUGUGACAAUGUGAUAUAUAUGGGCAAUGUAUAUAAGCAAUGCCCACUACCCGACGUGUUCGCCACAAACCUCUACCGCCCACGACAUAGAUCACCCUUUCCUGUCAACUCUCCCUCCUGCACGAGCAUAAUGAGCAACCUUGACUGGGACAGCAAGACAGUCAUUGGAUUCAAGGCCAAGGCCCCCAAAGUCACCCGCAACACGUCCGACUUGAAUGCCGCGCGCAGAACAGGUGCUGUCGUUGCUACAGACAAGAAGGUCACCGCUGGUGGGAACAAAGCUCAUCAAGGACCAGACCACCAACGCAUAGCCAAGCUUGACCGCGAGAAUGAAGUCGCUCCUCCACCGAAAGUCAACGCAAGUGUCGGCAAGGCUAUCCAAACCGCUCGCAUGGAGAAGCAACUGACUCAGAAAGACCUCGCCCAGAAGACGAAUGAGAAGCCUUCUGUAAUCCAGGAUUACGAAUCCGGAAAGGCUAUUCCUAAUCCUCAGGUCCUCAGCAAGUUCGAGAGGAUUCUGGGUGUCAAGCUUCGUGGUGAGUAUAAACGGCCUGUGUCGAGCACCAUUCGGUAAUAACGUCAAUAUGUUCACAGGUGCAGACAUUGGAAAGAAGCUGGAGGGGCCAAAAAAGUCGUAAUUUGACCCUUCCGUAGUCGCACGUUUAUAUCGACUCAUACCGGUGUGAAUUGCUAUCACACAUGUAGUUCUGUCUGUCAUCACUAGAUCUUUUCACAAUGUACUGGACAUGAUUUGCAAGUUUUUUGAGUGUAAUAGAAGAUGAAAGAA